AUGGAGGCGGAACAGGCGCUCGAAGAGACGAACGCGGCGAGAGAACUGGCGGAAGGACUGCCCGAGCAGUUGGCGGCGCUGCGCGAACGCGUCGGGGAGGAACGGACGGCGAUCGAACACGCGAAAAAUAAAGCGACGGGAACGAGCGCGAUGGCAAAAUUGGACGCGCUGAGGGGGGCGAGCGCGAUGUACGCGGAACGAUUGGGAUUGAGAUUUGAAUACGGCGAGGCGGAGCGGUUGCGGUUGGUGUUUAAAUACGUCGACGCGCGCGCGCCGGAGCGAGAGUUUACGUUCGCGGUGCGAUUGCGCGGGACGGCGUACGAGGUGAUGGAGUGCGCGCCGAUGUUAGCGUCGAUCGACGCGUUGCUCGCGGAGUGUAACCGUUCGAAUGAUUUCGGGAAGUUUGUGCGGGACGCGCGCAAGGCGUUCGUCGAACUCGCGAACGGCGACGACGGCGUCGGCGCGCUCGCGAGUCCGCGCGCGUCCGCUGGGCGCGCGACGCGAAGCAACAGUCGUAGGUAA